UGCUUUACCAACAUUCAAACCCUUGCAACGGUCGAUUGGUCUCCUUUCUCUCGAUCUCUGAAGAUCAGAACCCGAAAAGAGCAAAAGAUUACAGAACGAUGGCGUCUUUCAAGAAAUUGGAUCAUCGACGGAGCAAUUUGACACAUCAAGCGAGAAACAAAAUGGUGGCUGCUAAGCCAAAAUUCAGCAUAGGACCGAAUGGAGUCGGCAAAGAAAACUUAACACGCACAAGUGUUGGUGUUACAAGUUUUAAGGUUUAUUCAGAAAGUGAAACUACCAACGCUGAAGCUAAUAGCAGGAGUUAUGUACCAGUUAACAAAGCAUCUACCCUGGAGAACACAAUUGCUAUAAAGGCUGGUUUGAAAAGUAUGGACAAGAGAAAAGGCAUACUUGGUAGUUCUACAGCAAAUGCAAAUCUCGGGAGAAGAGCAUUGGCCGAUGUCAGCAAUAUGAAAAGCAAUUCUUCUAGGAUAGCAGAGGGUGAUGCCUCUAAGAAAAUGAAUGGUAAAAGUGAGAGAAAGAAAUCUUUGCAACGGGUUUCCGUGGGUACGGGCAUUAAGACCGUGAGUAUAUCAUCAAGGAGAUCCUUCCUGGGAAAAGGGCAGGAAAGCCCUAGCCAAGGUGUAUCUAGGUUGCAGACUUCAAAGAGAGCUAUUAAAGACUUGAAGGCCCCUUCAGACAACCAAAGGACCAAGGCUAUGGGUCUCGGCCAUGAAUCUAUUGCUGCAGAUGGCAGGAGGACUUCAAGGAAUACACUUAAACUGAUAAGGAAGUCUUUGUCGGUGUUAAAGGUCAACCCAGAAGAAACAAGUAUUCCAAAGGAAAAUGCUGGAAGUUCUGAAAAUGCCGAAGAAAAGAGUGGGUAUUAUGUUAGGGCUAAAGUUGGCAAGACGGUAGUACCCAGAGUAAGCAAUAAUGCUAGGAGCCAUCUGUUGCGGAAUCGAGUGAGUGAUGGCUUUAUGAAUAUGGGUCAAUCUAAUUCAAAUACUCGUGCGUUGCCGAGAAUUUCUGUGAGACCAAUUCUGAAGUCCACACUGAACACUUCUGAAUCCCAAAGGACUUUGAAAUCGAAGUGUGAAUCAGGUCCAAAAAAAUUGGUUUCUGCUACUGCAACUUCAUCCAAAACUGAAAAAGUGGUUACAUCUUUUCUUCCUGAGAAUGUUAAGCAUGAUUCCACUCAAGGAGAGCUUCCAUCUGAUGGCAAAUGCAGCCAUAGUGCUUCAAGUAUCAUCUCCAGGAGAAAUUCAAAUAGGAGGCGAUCUUACACAUCUCUGUUGAUGACUGGAUCAAAGUUACUAGAGGAACGUGAUGAAGCUAUGAAACAAGAAGAACUGACAAGUAUUGAUGAUGAUUGCAAUCAACUGGAAGUUUCUGAUUAUGUUGAUGAGAUCUAUCAGUAUUACUGGGUUUCUGAGGCACAGAAUCCACCUCUGGAAAAUUUCAUGUUGAUUCAGGCAGACAUUACUCCUCAUAUGCGAGGCAUAUUGGUCAAUUGGUUAAUUGAAGUACACUUCAAAUUUGAAUUGAUGCAAGAAACACUUUAUCUCAUGGUCACAUUGUUGGACCAGUAUCUUUCUCAAGUCACAAUCAAGAAGGAUGAAAUGCAGUUAGUUGGUCUCACUGCACUCUUGCUGGCAUCAAAAUACGAGGAUUUUUGGCAUCCUAGGGUCAAAGAACUAAUUAGCAUCUCAGCUGAGUCAUACACAAGAGACCAGGUCCUCGGAAUGGAGAAACUCAUGCUUAAAAAGUUGAAGUUUCGUCUUAAUGCACCUACUCCAUAUGUUUUCAUGUUAAGGUUUCUCAAGGCUGCUCAGUCAGAACCAAAGCUUGAACACCUAGCGUUCUACCUUAUCGAGUUGUGUUUAGUUGAAUAUGAAGCUUCAAGGUUCAAGCCCUCAUUGCUGUGUGCAGCAGCCCUUUAUGUCGCAAGGUGCACCCUGCAGAUAACUCCGGCUUGGACCCCACUGCUCUGCAAACAUGCUCGCUAUGACGUGUCCCAAAUCAGAGACUGUGCGGAGAUGAUCUUAAAAGUCCAAAAAGUUGCUAGAGUGGGACGGUUGAAGGUCACGUAUGAGAAGUACAUGAGGCCUGAUCUCAGUGGUGUUGCAGCAAUAAAACCCUUGGAAAGACUUCCCCUCUGAUUCAGCUCACAUGGGAAGAUAAGAAUGUUAACGAUCGGAGAGAUAAGACUUUCUGGUUUCAUUCAAAUCUUCUGCUCAAGACUGACUUCAGCAAGUAUGGGAGAUGCUUUCCUCCGAUGUUGUUGAAGCCUGUCAGGAUAUAACUCUGCUUGUAUAUCUUACUGAUCUAACACAAUGAAGGGCAUCCGUCAAGCUUGUUAAAGAAGCCUUGUUUUGUAGUGCUCCUACUGGUGAUGUCAACACUUUAGGGCUUCUGGGAUUGAGAUGUCUGUUCACAUCUGUAUGUUCUGAGAUGAUAUUAGUCUACACCCUAGUGUGUAACAACUAUUGUUGUUGCUAAGAAAAUAUGAUCUUGGAACUGAAACACAUAUUGUUGUUGUAACAACUAUUGCUAUAUGAAUUUCUAGCUUCCUGUUAA